AUGCGCGCGCUCGAACAACAGCAGGCCCAGGAACUGCUUAGCAUUCCUUAUAACCCGACUAGCUUGGCCCAUCUCGCGGUCUCUGCACCUACCACUCCUCCGAGAGUGAACGCCGUUUUGAAUGACGACAAUCUUGUUAGGUCGGCUCUCUCUCACUCUUCGGUAGAUGUAGAGACUCUUAAGAAAGCAGUUGGUUCUGCGGUUGCGGAUAAUCAUGGAUUGAAUGGUCACUACGCACGACCUGCUGGAGCUAAAGGAAUGCCAGCCAGCCGUCGCACUUCAGGUAGCAGUCACGACGAGGAGCUUGCUGGUCAUUUGCAAGGUCUCUACUUCGUCGGAGGGCGUCAAUAUCGAGCGACGCCUAGCCCCGGGGCCGUAGUACAUUCGCUCUUGCCUCGCGGGAGAUACGGGUAUGAGGAGCGCACUGAAGGCUAG